UUAUAAUUUAAUUAUAAUUUUUUAAAUAUUCUGUGAAAAUAUUCUCGUAAUAUAUACACAAAAAAACAAUGGCUUUACGAAAUGUAUUGAAAAAUCAUCAAAAAUUAUCGCAACAAUUGCUACAAAAUUAUGCCACACAUGAGCUCCUGGUUGUGGUCAAUGUCCGCCAUAUAUCCAAUACAUCACAUCAGACUCAAUUGGCACCUACAUCCUAUGGUACGGCAUCUAACAUAACGGCCCUAAACAAUAAGCUAAAAUUGCCGAAAUACAUGAGCUUUGGCCGCUGUUCGCCGGCAUCAUCGUCAUCAUCGUCGAUGGCCAUAGUAGACCAUGUAUACGAUCGAUCGCCGUCAAUGGCCAUUGCUGGUCAUCGGCGACCAUUGACAAUGAUAUUUGCCUGGAUGUUAGCCAAAGACAAACACAUUGAAAAGUAUAAGCAAAUGUGGUUCAAACGCGGCUUCGAUGUCCUAAUUGUCAAGACAUCGCCACUGGAUCUACUGUUGCCGCCGGUCGGCGGCCAAGUAGUGGCGGCCAAUGUUGUCAAAAGUUUGCACGAACUGUGCGCCCAAUAUAACGAAAUAGUAGUCCACGCCUUUUCGGUGGGCGGCUAUCAGUUUGGUCUGACACUACAACAGUUGACCGGUAUUCAAGAAAAUCGUUAUCUAUUGGACUCAAUCAAAGGUCUGAUAUUGGAUUCGAUGGUCUUUACCGAAGACUGUGCACCCGGUCUGUCCCGAGCCAUAACACAGCACCCGGCGGUACAGCCACUAAUCGAACAGUCUAUCAACGGUUUUCUUAGGCUAUUCAAGAAUAUAUCUGUCAAAUACUAUGACAUGGCCUACAAUGCGUACGCCAAUCCCGGAGCCAAAUAUUCCGGACUCUUUUUAUACGCCAAAAACGAUAUCGUCAGUAGUGUGGCCUCAAACGAGCACAUCAUCGACACGUGGCGUCGGGCCGGCCAUAAUGUCAGAGCCAAGUGCUGGGACCGAUCCACACAUGUAUUGCACUAUAGAGACCAUAAAACAGAUUACGAGCUCGAGUUGGACUCAUUUAUCCGGAGUUUGAAACUGAGAAAUGCCAACAUUUAAGAGAGAGAGAGAGAGAGAGAGAGAGAGAGAGAUCACCCGAAAAAAAUAUAUCGAAACAAUUUUUUUAUACAUUUUUAAAAAAAACUUAAUUUAAUUUAAUUUAUAAUAUUAUUAACUUAAUGUCCUAUUUAUACUGAAUAUACAGUAUAUAUAAUAUAUAUAAAUACAUUUUUUUA